CACAUGCACCGUACUCUGGACCUCCUACCACAAACACACAUGUACAUUAUGCACACAUGAGAGCUCGAACAUGGCGUGAACUUGCUUCAUUCGAUAGAAGAUUAAAAGAUACACUAGUCAGCUGGCACGUUUCUCUGUGCAAGAGGAAACCGUCAGUCAGAAAGAGGAGUGCCGUGGCUUCUGGUAUGACAGCUGCUGAAUAACUGAGAUAUUACUUACCAGCAAACAGGCUGAGGCAGAGAAAACUGCAGUAGAUGACCAGACAUGAAUGAAGCAGCUCUCCUCCCAGUCAUCAAGGCAGGGAAUGGGAGAACACUGUCCAGAGCGGAGUUUCUCUCCCUGUUUAAUACCUACAACUGCUUCCUGAAGGACCAGAGUCAACUUCACCUCACUUAUGCUCAGGAAGCAGAUGGCACGGUGGUGGUGGAAGGCAUGCUGAAUAUCUGCUGGGGAGUACGGAGACCAAUCAGGCUGAAAAUACAGGAUGACAAACAAAUGUUUCCAUUUGUUCCUAAGACCUCUCCAGAGCCCACCAGUCCAGUCAGCCCACUGGAAAGCAAGAGAGGAAUGUCACGAUGGGGAGAAUAUGUUGACCUCCACCAGAUAGAUGAGAUGGUUGAGACACCACAAGAAACAAUCAAAAACCCGUUACCAGGACCACCUGUUUUUGAGACCUCAACCCUGCGCCCUCCAAAGCAGAAGAAUCCAGAACAGGAAGCAGAGUCCAACCUGUUCCGCUGUAUGAGUGAUGCCUCACUGGUUAAAAGAAGGAGGAGCAUGGGAAAGUCAGCAGCUCAAAGAGAAAAAGAAAGGCAACAUCGCUUUUCAAUCAAUGGCCACUUCUACAAUUACAAAACCUCGAUCUUCACUCCGUCCUUUGGUACACCAACUAAAGUUUGUAUCUCUAGCAGAAUGACCACAAACCAAGUCAUUGAACAGCUGCUGCACAAGUUCAAGAUACAGAACGAUCCCCAGGAAUUUGCUCUCUACUGUCUUCAUCAAAGUGGAGAAAAAAGGAAGCUGAGUAACACAGACCAGCCGUUAUGGGAGCGCACACUGCAGGGACCCUCUGAUGACAUCAUGAAGAUUUUUUUGAUGGAUGCGGAUGAAGAGGAAGUUAGUGAUGAUGUAGCUCAAUAUCUGAACUUAGAGCUUCCAAUCCUUGAAAAAGUUUUACAGAAACUCAAAGACGAGGAGAACAGAGAGAUACAAAGGAUUGAGAACAAGUACAAACACCAAAAGAGAGUCCUGUCCAAUAUGUUAAACUGUAAGAUGUCACGUCACAUUGAGACCAGUGUCUAACAACUCACCUGAUUUUCUAAAACAAGAUUCAACAUUCAGUACAGCACCAUUUCCAUGUUCAACGAUGAAAGAUCUACAGAAAUAUGAGGAAUUCUUUUCCCUUGUUUUUUU